AUGGGCAUAGACGUCACACUGCCAAGAGGAGUUCAUAUCGACAAGCUCGCUAUGAAGUUGGACGUGUCUAUCCAACCGAUUGGAAAGCUCCGAUGUAUGGACGUUGCCACAUGCGGUCGAGAGUGCUUCUACUGCGAUUUCUGCAAGGAAAGCCGGAAAUUGAAGCUCUUGGAGAAUACCGAUGGAAAUUUGUGCCGGGCUACAGCGGAGAGGACCUAUCGACUGACCGUCAAGUUGUGUCCACCACCAGAAGAUCCAAACUUUACCAUGUGUUCGGCCUUUUCCAAAUCUGUUUGGCAAAAGGACUACUGGCAAAAACAAGGAGCUGUUGAUGUAUGGAUGAAGUUCUAUGAACGUGGACAAACUCGCCCUGAGCUUGAAAAGGAAUUCUUUGCUCAAAUCGACAACCCACUGCUCGGAAAAGCUUUCAAAUUAGCUAUUGUCGCUGAAUGGCUAGCAGCCAACAGCUUGGAUCAAGGAUCCUAUACGCCAACGAACUCGGAGCUGUUGGAAUUCUGGGUCUCAAAGCGAGAUCCCGAUCGCCUUUUGGCUUGCCAGCAUGCGGUUGUUGACUACGAAAUUGAAGGUGCCAAAGUGAAGACGAACGUGCUGUUUGAGGCAGCCACCACUGCCAACUCGAUACCAAACAUCCUGAAGGACAAGAAGUGUGCAGCCUUCGAACGAUUACAAGAAGAUCGUUUCCAACAAGAGGCUCACGCCUUCAAAAAGGCGACCGGCGGCGGAAACUUUUUGAGUGGACUCAAUGGGUUCUUGAAUACCGUACGAGGAUGA